GUCCACCAUGUCUGCAGAACCAGCACAGUCUUCGUCCGUCCCACCGCACCCGGAGCAACAGCCUGAAGUUCCGGCAGUAAAACCUACGAUCGCCGAUGCGCACGCCCAGGUCGUAACACCCUGGGACGUCCAGGGCUCCGUCGCAGAGGACGGCAAGCAGCUCGCGAUCGACUAUGACAAGCUCAUUGACCAGUUCGGCACAAAACGAGUCGACCAGCCCAUGCUCGAGCGGUUCGAGCGACUGACUGGCCACAAGCCGCAUAUCUUCCUCCGCCGGGGCAUGUUCUUUUCCCAUCGGGACAUGGACAAGAUCCUCGAUCGCUAUGAGCAGGGAAAACCGUUCUUCUUGUACACUGGACGAGGGCCGAGCAGCGAUAGCAUGCAUCUCGGGCACAUGGUGCCGUUCGUAUUCACAAAGUGGCUGCAGGACGUGUUCGACGUCCCACUGGUCGUGCAGCUCACGGACGACGAGAAGUUCCUGUUCAAGCACGAGCUGAAGCCGGAGCAGACGUACGAGUUCGCGAAGCGGAACGCGCGCGACAUCAUCGCGGUCGGCUUCAAGCUCGAGAAGACGUUCAUCUUCAGCGACUACGACUUCGUCGGCGGGCCCUUCUACCGCAACGUCUCCAAAAUCUCGCGCCAGAUCACCAUCAACCAGGCGAAGGCGACGUUCGGGUUCGGCGACUCCGACAACAUCGGGAAGAUCCACUUCGUCUCCAUCCAGGCCGCGCCCUCCUUCUCGAACUCCUUCCCGCAGAUCUUCGGCAGCGCGUCGAACAUCCCGUGCCUCAUCCCGUGCGCGAUCGACCAGGACCCGUACUUCCGGCUGACGCGCGACGUCGCGGGCAAGCUCAAGUACCAGAAGCCCGCGCUGCUGCACGCGAAGUUCUUCCCCGCGCUGCAGGGCCCGCAGACGAAGAUGAGCGCGUCGGACGCGAACUCGAGCAUCUUCAUGACGGACACGCCGAACCAGAUCAAGAGCAAGAUCAACAAGCACGGGUUCUCGGGCGGGCAGGAGACGGUCGAGGAGCACCGCCGGCUUGGGGGGAACCCGGACGUGGACGUCGCGUACCAGUACCUCGGCUUUUUCUUGGACGACGAUGAGGAGUGGAAACAAAUGGGCGAGGAAUACCGUGCAGGGCGCCUGCUCACGGGCGAGCUCAAGGGAAAGUGCAUCGCGAUCCUCCAGGCGUUCGUCAAGGACUUCCAGGACCGAAGAGCAAAGGUCACCGACGCCGAGCUCGCGGCGUUCAUGGACGGUACCCGCAAGAUCGAGCCGUCGUUCGGGAAGAGCAAGGCCGCGCCACCAGCUCCCGCGCAGAGCGAGCCCGCGAAGCCUGCCGCUGCAUGAACGCAGACUCGGGGACGACUAGGGGGCGAGAGAGAAGACUAUCUAACAUGUUGUAGAUGUAGAACGUGCGUGUACUAUCCAUUGGGUUGUAAGGUCAGC